AUGCUCUUCCCAGACAGGCCCUUUAGCGGAAGCGUUUAUCAGUCUGAUUUUGGGCUUGAAACGGUAGAGAGUAAAAAGCAGGAUCCAAAACUGCGCGAACUGUUGGAUACUGGGAACUUAGGAGGUCGACUGGAAAAUCGAAUGAUAACUGUUGUCUAUGGUCCAGACCUGGUCAAUAUAUCGUACUUGAACUUGGUGGCAUUCCAAGAGGAUAUAGCAAAGGAAUGGUCAGAUGAAGUGUUCAGUUUGGCAACAAAUUUGUUGGCACAGAACAUGUCAAGGGAUGCUUUCCUGGAAAAAGCCUACACAAAACUUAAGCUGCAGGUGACUCCAGAAGGGCGCAUUCCACUGAAGAACAUAUACCGCUUGUUUUCCGCUGACAGAAAACGAGUAGAGACUGCAUUAGAAGCUUGUAAUCUUCCAUCUUCCAGGAAUGAUUCAAUCCCUCAAGACGACUUCACGCCAGACGUGUACAGGGUAUUCUUAAACAACCUCUGCCCCCGGCCUGAGAUCGACCACAUCUUUUCUGAGUUUGGUGCCAAGAGCAAGCCAUACCUUACUGUUGAUCAGAUGACGGAAUUUAUAAAUUUGAAGCAACGUGAUCCACGAUUAAAUGAAAUCCUUUAUCCACCAUUAAAACAAGAACAAGUUCAACAACUGAUUGAGAAGUAUGAACCCAACAGUAACCUAGCAAAGAAAG